AGUAUGGCGGUCGGAGCGCCCAGCCAGACAAGCUUAGCGUCAUGGUCGUCGGAAUAGAUUCGCUGUCUCGCUUCAACAUGAUCCGCCACAUGACAGAGACCUACCGCUAUGCCAUGCAGGAACUAGAGGCCCUAGACUUCCGCGGAUACAACAAGCAGGGCGCCAACACGCGGCCCAACACCAUCGCCUUCCUGCUGGGCAUGACCAGAGACCGGUUCGACGCCACCGAGUUCGGCGCGGAGGAUCGGGGCGGAUUCCGCUCAGAGUUUCCUGUCAUCUGGAAGGAUUUCGCAAGCGAGGGAUACGUCACCGCUUAUGGCGACGACGUAGCGGGGAGCGAGUUUUUCAACCCACACGACGUGGAGUACUUCCAGAGAGGGGCAUUCACUGUGUCGCAGAGACACAUCGCGCACUUCAUUCCGAAAUUGGGCUUCUCGUACGCGCCAUGUCAGGGCAGCAAAAUGUCCGCGUCCGUCAUCUACGAUUACGCGCUGGACGUGGCUCGUUCGGUGAAAGACGUCCCUUACUUCGGUUUCUACUGGACCUGCGCCAUCACCCACGACAUGCUCAUGAUGACUAAAGUCAUCGACCAGCCAGUGAAGACACUCCUGCAGACGUUGAAGCAGGAAGGAAUCCUGAACCACACGGUGCUCUUCCUCGUGAGCGACCACGGCGCCAGGUACGGAAAGCUCAGAAACACGUACCUGGGGAACCUGGAGGUGAAUCUGCCGGCCUUCAUGGCGAUCUUCCCGCCGUGGUUUAAGACCCUGUACCCGAAGCCCUGGAGGAACCUCGUCACCAACACUCGAAGGCUGGUUUCCAAUUUCGAUUUCCAUCAGACGCUGCAUGACCUCGCCUCUCGGGACUACGUCCUUAACAAAGUAAGGCCUGUCGAAGCCAACCACGGCCAGAGUCUUUUCCGAGAAGUUCCCGAAACCCGAACUUGCGCAGACGUGAGUAUUCCCCUGCAUCUCUGCGCAUGUGAGACCUACGAUGACGUCAGUCUGGACGACCCCCUUGUCGAAGCGGCAGCGAAGUUCACCGUCGACUAUCUCAACGAAGGCCUUGCCAAAUUCCCCGACUGUGUCCAACUCAGUUUCGAUAAGGUGCUGUCGGCGCGGGUCUCUUCGGGGAACAACGUGACCAGACCGAGCGCCGCCAAACAGCUCGUCACGGUCUUCCUUCUGGUGCUCCAGACGCAGCCAG